AAAGUCCUUUCUUGGAAGAAGCUGAAGACAACACAAAGUUUUUCUGUUCCAAAAAAACCCCAAAAAAGUUACUUUGAGGUUUGAUCUACUCUGCAACAUGGGUAAAGAGAGAAUUCACAUCAACGUGGUGAUCAUCGGCCACGUUGACAGUGGCAAGUCGACCACCACAGGCCACCUCGUCUACAAAUGUGGUGGCAUCGAUCAAAGGAAGAUUGAGAAGUUUGAGAAGGCUGCAGCCCAGAUGGGGAAGAGUUCCUUCAAAUAUGCCUGGGUGUUGGACAAGCUGAAGGCUGAACGGGAGCGAGGAAUCACCAUCGACAUAUCACUCCUGAAAUUUAACACGCAGAAAUACACAAUCACCAUAAUUGAUGCUCCAGGCCAUCGUGACUUCAUUAAAAACAUGAUAACAGGGACCUCACAGGCUGAUGUUGCCCUCCUUGUGGUUUCGGCAGCUAAAGGAGAGUUUGAGGCUGGUGUUUCCCGAAGUGGCCAGACCAGAGAGCAUGCUCUACUGGCUUACACUCUCGGGGUGAAGCAAAUCAUUGUGUGCGUGAACAAGAUGGACCUGACUGAGCCGCCCUACAGCCAGAAGCGUUUUGAUGAAGUGGUGCGAAGUGUCACCAUGUUCCUCAAGAAGAUUGGCUAUGACCUGGCAACUGUGCCCUUUGUUCCCAUUUCUGGCUGGACUGGGGAGAACAUGAUCACUGCAACUCAGAAGAUGCCCUGGUAUCAAGGCUGGAAGGUCAAACGCAAGGAGGGGAAUGCAACUGGAAAAACUCUACUGGAAGUCUUGGACUCCAUUCACCCACCAACUCGCACCAUCAGCAAACCCCUGCGCUUGCCUCUGCAGGAUGUCUACAAAAUUGGAGGAGUCGGAACUGUCCCUGUCGGCAAAAUCGAGACUGGCAUCCUGAAGCCUGGCAUGACCCUGAAGUUCUCCCCUGCCAAGCUGACUGCUGAGGUGAAGUCGAUUGAGAUGCACCACCAGGGGCUGCAGACGGCGCUGCCAGGGCACAACGUCGGCUUCAACAUCAAGAACGUGUCUGUCAAGAGCCUGCGUCGUGGCGAUGUGGCUGGCAACGCCCAACACGACCCUCCGUCUGACGUCAGCAGCUUUGUGGCUCAGGUGAUCAUCCUCAAUCAUCCGGGGAAGAUCAAGGCUGGUUACUCCCCUGUCCUGGAUUGCCACACGACUCACGUGACCUGCCGCUUCGCUGAGCUGAGGGAGAAGCUGGACCGCCGCACAGGGAGGAAACUGGAGGACCUGCCACAGACGCUGGUGUCUGGAGAUGCUGCCACAGUCAAACUGGUUCCCAACAAGCCCCUGUGUGUGGAGAGCUUCUUCACAUACCCUCCUUUAGGUCGGUUUGCAGCACGGGACCUGAAACAGACUGUUGCCGUGGGCGUCAUUAAGUCUGUGGAGAAGGACCAAGGACCGAAGCCACCACUGAAAGCCCAAGUGUGUAAAUAAGUUAAGUUGUUUACCAGUAUUCUGGUAUGAAUGCUUUUGCUGAAUUUUAUUUGGUAUGUAACAUUUGUGUUGUAACACAAAGUAUUUAUGUUGUCUUGGAGAAGUGUUUCCCUGCUCAUUUUUGUUUGAGCCUUAAAGGAUCUGUAAGAAGUGGAUGGCAUUUUAGUUGAAAUGGAAAACUGCAAAGCUACCAAAAUAAAGCUGCUUUGAGAACUGUCAAA